AUGAGAAUCAAUCCUACCCCUUCUAGUCCUGUGGUUUCCACACUUGAAGAAAAAAACCUAGGGCGUAUCGCUCAAAUUAUUGGCCCAGUACUGGAUGUCGUUUUUCCCCCGGGCAAGAUGCCUAAUAUUUAUAACGCUUUGGUAGUUAAGAGUCGAGAUACUGUCGGUCAGCAAAUUAAUGUGACUUGUGAGGUACAACAAUUAUUAGGAAAUAAUCGAGUUAGAGCCGUAGCUAUGAGUGCUACAGAUGGGCUGAUGAGAGGAAUGGAAGUGAUUGACACGGGAGCUCCUCUAAGUGUUCCAGUCGGCGGAGCUACUCUCGGACGAAUUUUCAACGUUCUUGGGGAACCUGUUGAUAAUUUAGGUCCUGUAGAUACUCGUACAACAUCUCCUAUUCAUAGAUCUGCGCCUGCCUUUAUACAGUUAGAUACGAAAUUAUCAAUCUUUGAAACAGGGAUUAAAGUGGUGGAUCUUUUAGCUCCUUAUCGCCGUGGAGGAAAAAUCGGACUAUUUGGGGGAGCUGGAGUGGGUAAAACAGUACUCAUCAUGGAAUUGAUCAAUAACAUUGCCAAAGCUCAUGGAGGCGUAUCCGUAUUUGGCGGAGUAGGCGAACGUACUCGUGAAGGAAAUGAUCUUUACAUGGAAAUGAAAGAAUCCGGAGUGAUUAAUGAAAAAAAUAUUGCGGAAUCAAAAGUAGCUCUAGUCUAUGGUCAAAUGAAUGAACCGCCGGGAGCUCGUAUGAGAGUUGGUUUAACUGCCCUAACCAUGGCGGAAUAUUUCCGGGAUGUUAAUGAACAAGACGUGCUUCUAUUCAUCGACAAUAUUUUUCGUUUCGUCCAAGCAGGAUCAGAAGUAUCCGCCUUAUUAGGGAGAAUGCCUUCCGCAGUGGGUUAUCAACCUACCCUUAGUACAGAAAUGGGUUCUUUGCAAGAAAGAAUUACCUCUACCAAAGAGGGAUCUAUAACUUCGAUCCAAGCGGUUUAUGUACCUGCGGACGAUUUGACCGACCCUGCUCCUGCCACGACAUUUGCACAUUUAGAUGCUACUACCGUACUAUCAAGAGUAUUAGCUGCUAAAGGUAUUUAUCCAGCAGUGGAUCCGUUAGAUUCAACGUCAACUAUGUUACAACCUCGAAUCGUUGGUGAGGAACAUUAUGAAACUGCGCAAAGAGUUAAGCAAACUUCACAACGUUACAAAGAACUUCAGGACAUUAUAGCUAUCCUUGGGUUGGACGAAUUAUCCGAAGAAGAUCGUUUAACUGUAGCAAGAGCACGAAAAAUUGAGCGUUUCUUAUCACAACCCUUCUUCGUGGCAGAAGUAUUUACUGGUUCCCCAGGGAAAUAUGUUGGUCUUGCAGAAACAAUUAGGGGAUUUCAAUUGAUCCUUUCCGGAGAAUUAGACGGUCUUCCCGAGCAGGCCUUUUAUUUGGUGGGUAACAUCGAUGAAGCUACCGCGAAAGCUAUGAACUUAGAAGUGGAGAGCAAAUUGAAGAAAUGA